AUGUUCCCCACCUUUUCUUGGUGUCAAUCCUCUGAACACUCUCCUACCCUCUCUAAGAAGCUUGUCCUGUACGUGUCUCAAACAAUUGCAAAUCUCCUCAGCUAUCAAUUCACAACUCCCUUGCAUAGUACACCACAAUCAACCCUUGAUAGUCAAAUGGGAGACUCAGAAGACCCUUCGAAAACAGAACAAGGUGUUGUCAAAGACUCCGGGGGCAUAGAAUUGGUUUCUCCUAAACAGAGCCCGACCGAGUCUCCAAAUAACAGUCGGAAAAUUGAGCUUACGAAAGACAACAGCCUGAUCCACCUAAUCACUGUGAAUGAUUCAAAGAACUCACCAGUGGUCACGCCAAGCAACGCAUUGGGCAGUCUUAAUAUUCACCGUCCAAGCAACACUCCGGGCAGUCCAGGAAGGAGCAAUUCUGCUUUGAACGUUCCAGGAAGAACUAAUACGAAUCCAUUAUCAGGUCUGCAACGGAGUAGGUCAAGCUCAAGAUCCUUGCCAAAGAGUACAAGGCCUUAUCUCAGCGCCAAUAAUUCCAAUAGCUCCAAGUACAAUAAUGACCAGUUUAUGCGACAGGAGAUGUUAUAUUUACGAAAAGUGAAAGAUGCCGAUAACCUCAAAUAUGAUUACUACAACAAGGGAAUAGGAUCUGUAACCGAUGUUGGUGAAGAAGAUUAUGAUGAUGAAUCGGGUGCCGAAACGGAAGCGGAGAUCGAAAUGGACCAUCUUGGAAUAAACGACCCUAGUGACAAGAGGAUGAUGUUACAGAGAAAGCAAAGUGCAGAAUUGAAUGAACGCUUAUCUCCCUCGUUAGAUAAUCAGCUACAGCAUAAUAAGAGAGUGUCAGUAUUCGAAGGUGAGAAACAGUCAUCUUCUUCGCUGUUUAAUAUGCCAUUCACAAGCGAGCUAUUAUCGAAACUGAAGGAAGAUAACGGAAUAUCCCUGUUUAAUCUAGCUCUUCCUCGAUCCGACAACAUUAUGGACGGUGGCUUGGAAAAUUCUCUUUCACUAGACCACAACGCCAUGGUUGAGCGAAUGGAAUGGCAGUCAAUGUUGAACUCAGUGCUUACUGGCGAUAUUGUGAAGGCCGAAAAAACCAAAUUAAUAGUACCAGCUAAUGAAGUCGAAGGAGAAAGUUAUUUGCAUGCAACUUAUAAGGAAAACUUGUGGCUUGGAAUACGUUCAAAAAUCUUUUGCAGAACUGAGGCCGAACAGAAAAGGCUAAUUUACUACUCUAGGGGUUUAGCAGACGAGACGAUCAAUGAAAUACUGCAAUUCAAGGUCCAGUAUCCUGAUUCGUUUUCAGGCUCGCAAAGUAGAAUCGCUUUGGAACAAGUUACUAAGAUACUAGAUAAAUUUGAAUCUAUGGGAACGCUCUGGAGGACUCAUAAAGAAAUGUGCAAUGAGAAACCGAUGUGUGCUUCCCCAGAGUUUGAAAGCAGGAUUAAUGCUCUUAACGCCUGGAAAAAUAUCACAGAAGCUGGAGGCAACGAAGCUGAAGCCCUAACCAAAUGGGUGGGUAACGAUGACCUUGAUAUUUUACGUUCAGGAUCAAGUGAGUCUACUAUUCGAAUUCACACUGACACGUUACCUGACGAUUCCCUGGCCAUUAAGUCCGACAUUCUUAGAGAUAACCGUUCUUUCGUAGAACGUGUUUUGAAAGAAAAAGAUCUUUCUAGCAUUUUUGAAAAAAGAUUGUUUAGUUCAGUGUUGAGGUGGAUAACAAAGGCCAAAGAAUCAUAUUUAGAAUUUCGCAAAUUAUUUCAAGACAUGAAUCUACCCUCAUAUAUGAAAAAGCUACUAGAGCUGGCUUUGUUUCCUGCAAAUUUGAUUAAAGAACUUAUACGCGUGAGGUUGAGAUAUGCCAGAAAGCUAAAAAACCCAACUCUAAUGAUGAUUGAUCAAAUGAUCGAAGAUUUUCGUCUGUAUAUUGGAUUAGCCUGUGAUAUUCGAACUCAACUAAUGGAAUAUUGCUACCCUCAAGAAGGAUGGGUUAUUGAAAAUGUUUUAGACCCUUCUUUUGAUCAAACAAUACUUGAUUGUGUCCAUUAUUAUCUCGUACUUCUUAACAGGAAACUUCUUGAUAGUUCGAGAUCAUAUAAGACCUUCAGAACUUUUAAAGAGCCAGAAGAAUUGGAAAAACAAUGGUUUUCCUUACAGAAUGUUGGUUUUUAUGUUGAAGGGGGUGGAUUGGAAAUUUCAAUUCAAUUCACUACUUUAACCUCCAAGCUAGUUCACCGUCUUUUAGCAUAUCUUCAAUACCAAAUUCAGGAAGGACCUGUUGCCUCUACAAAAUCUGAACUGAUAAGGUGGUAUACAACUACCACUGAAAAUUUUGGAGCAUUGAGAAGGAAACUACUAAGAUUCACAAACGUUUUGGAUUUUUCUUUUCGAAAUGCUUCAGUCUACAAACUGGACAAUUACAGAAAUAAAAAGUUUCUAAGUCUUUUGAAAGAUACUAACCAUGUACUAGUAAGGUCGGAGACUUUUGAAAAGUAUGGAAUACAUCUGAUAGUUAGUGAACAUUUUAUUAAUAAACCUUCAGAGGUGAUUAGGGUUUUGAAAGGAGCUCAAUUGGGUGUUGAUUUUCAAACUAUUCCCUCUAAGCAUUUCAAAGUUUUGCAGAAUUAUAGUGAAUAUUUCGACUAUAUGAAGGCCAAGGAGGCUUCAAGUGAUUCUGAUGAUGAUGAUGCCUUUGUUCCCAGCGACGGCGCACGAAAAGACCAGUCACCUGGAUACGUUUUGGUAAUUUGUUUUACCAGGCCAACAUUGUGGGAAGGAAAAUAUAUGGAGUUGGAUACUUCAUCUAUUCCUGUGAUUAACGUUGAACCUGGAAACCUGAUGUUGAUCUCAGACAUCGCCUCAUCAAACUUGAAUAAUACUGAAAACGCAUUUCUUGACAUUGCUGGAGAAUCGAUUGGAGAAUUUGUUGAAAGGAGGUGUUCAUUGGACAAAGUUUACCAUGAAUUCUUAAGGAUAAGACGGUCGUUUUAUAAAAUGACUUGUACUCUACUGGAUUCAGUUGCUAUGCUCAGAGGCAGAUGCAAACGUGUUUCCAAUUCAAAUGAAUUGAUGAACACUAUUUUCAUCUAUAUGAGAGAUUUUGGUAACAACUCACUGCAAACAUUUUCUGGAUAUAGAAAACCCGCUUUAAUCAUGAAACUCAUACAGAUUAGUAUUGAGUGGCUCAGUUUUAUAGUGGAUGAGUGUUCUCCUACAGCACAAAAAACUUUUAAGUGGUCGGUGUUAGCAUUGGAGUUUGCCAUGGAAAUUACCAGAGAUUUCAAUAUUCUAGCUGUUUCGGAUGAAGAUUUUGUACAAUUAAAGAACAAAGUUGCUGGAUGCAUGUCCCUCUUGAUAUCUCAUUUUGACAUAAUGGGAGCAAGAUCUACGGAAAUGCAAAAGAAGAGGAUAAUGAACUGGCGUCUGGAAAAGAACGAAAACCUUGAAAUGUACGGUAAAGAUGAUGCCGUUCUGAAUACUAUCAGAAAGGACAUGUUAACACAAAUAGAGGAGAUUGAAAAACAUAGACACCAACUACAAAGUGAACAGCAGUCGGUGGGCCGGGUGCUUGAUGAUACAGAUACAGAUAACCAGUAUCUGACAUUCCUUUCUUCAUCGUUUUCCUCUGUUUCAAUAAGGUGGCAGAAGGGUAAAUUUAUUGGAGGUGGUUCUUUUGGUAGCGUUUAUGCAUCAGUUAACCUAGAUACAGGUGGUGUCAUGGCUGUCAAAGAAAUUCGAUUCCAAGACGUUCAGUCUAUUAGAAAGGUUGUGCCGCAGGUCAAAGAAGAAAUGACAGUACUGGAAAUGUUAUCCCAUCCUAAUAUUGUACAGUAUUUCGGUGUUGAAGUUCACCGAGACAGAGUCUAUAUUUUUAUGGAGUACUGUGAAGGAGGUUCGUUAGCUGGGCUAUUAGAGCACGGCCGUAUUGAAGACGAAAUGGUUAUUCAGGUUUAUACUUUGCAAAUGUUGGAAGGUGUAGCCUAUCUUCAUAAGUCUGGAAUUGUUCAUAGGGACAUUAAACCAGAGAAUGUUUUACUGGACCAUAUGGGAGUGAUAAAAUUUGUGGAUUUUGGAGCUGCUAAGGUAAUAGCUCAAGAAAGGACACAGGAUAGAAGACCUUCAGCAACCCGAAAGUUGAACAGUUUGAUUGGAACGCCGAUGUACCUUUCACCAGAAGUAAUUUUAGGCAAUGAUCAAGGUAAACAUGGAAGUCUCGAUAUUUGGUCUUUGGGAUGUUGUGUUCUUGAAAUGGCUACUGGUAGAAGACCAUGGGCUAACAUUGAUAACGAGUUUGCAAUCAUGUACCAGAUUGCCAGUGGAAAUCUACCACAGUUCCCCGGCCCUGAUCAACUAAGUGAAGCUGGGUGUAAAUUUUUGGCUAAUUGUUUGGAAAAGGAUCCCUAUAAAAGGCUGACUGCGGUAGAGUUAUUGAAUGAUCCUUGGAUCAUGGCAAUACGUGACGAGGCAUUAGGAGAAAGCCCUUCCGAGGCCUCUUCGGAUCAUGGCGAGUAA